AUGCCAGCUCAUCUAACGAACACCCAAAUGUUCCUGGAUCGUCUACGUAACGCGCGACCCAACAGCGCGUACGUGGUGGAGUCCUUCGACGUCACUGCCCUCUAUACGAACGUGUCGAAUGACUCCGCUAUACAAGCCAUAAACGAGCUCCUUAUACAACACGAAGGAGCAAUACGGCUUCUCGUAACAGUUGAUGACACUCUUAAAGGAGUGCCUAAACUGCUCAAUCUUCAGAUGGUCCGGGAGGUACUACGCACAAAUGAGAGGGCUGGCAAUGGGACAACGACUGGCACCAAGCCUUGCUAUUGCAUUCAUGUCUGA